UAAAGCCCACUCUCACUGCUAGAGAGUGGCUCACACGCGCCAGAUUUGGACCAGUGAGGCGCUGCCACGUCAGCCUCUGGGACAGAUUAAUUGGUGUUGAGUUUAUUCAACAUCUCUCUCCUCCAACACACACUCAACACCACUUUACACACACCACUACACACCAUUUUCCCAUGUUGACUUCAAUUCAACUCCCCAUUGCACUUGGUCUUAUCGGUUCUUUCAUUCAAUUUGAAAUCCUACAACCUCCUGCUUUCUCUUUCUCUGCUCAUGCCUUCUCUGUCUUUGCCCCUACUGCCAACUCUCUCACUUUAUCUGCUCCUCAAGAAGGAAGAAGAUUAAAAACAGGUUAACGUAAAUGGCGUCCGGUGUCGUUCCCACAUCCCAUUUUCUAAGGGCGAAGAAACUCAAAUACAACGUUGUUAUACCUUCCAGAGACUCCCCUCUCUCCGGCGGAUACGAUCUCUCCAGCGCCGCCGAUAUUAAGGUUUCGGCUUAGGGAAAAGCUCUGAUCCCCACCGAUCUCUCUAUCGCCUUCCCCAAAGGAAUCUAUUCCUGUGUUGGUAAUCCCCUUUCCAAUUUCUAUAACUAUUAUUUUUUAUUUUAGAAUUUUUAGGGUUUUGAAUUAAAUUUAUCAAUUUGUAAAGUACUUACUUAAGCCAUUGAUUAGGAGCAAGCUUUUGAAAAUGGGUUAGUAUUAGAAUUCUUCAACAAUUCUGCUUUAUGUUCUUCUACUGUUAUUAGAAAAGAGCUUUUGCUGAUUUAUCAAAUGUUCCUUAUGAAUUGACAUCCAAUAUAUACAGUUGGGUAUAAGUCAUAUGUUCUCUUUUAUUCAUCUUAUUAUUAAAGAAACAUGGCUUCACAUUAUUAUUAUAUAUGGAGAAUCAUAAUAUUUGACUGUGUUAGGGUGAAAGAUGCAUUUGUUGCGAUUAAUCAAACACUGUCUGAACCCAAAGGCACGAUUGACUCUUUGGUUUUGUUGAAUAUGAUUUUUUGUUGAAUUAUCCGGUUCAUAGUUUUCUCUUAAAAGUUCAGUUUGUACUUAUUUUUAAAAUUUUAAACAUGUCAAAACCUUUAUAAAUAAACUAUAAAUAAAGUUAUAAGAAAAGUUGGAAAAUCUCCUUAUAGAAAUUCAGUUGAUUCCUGAAGUCGUAAAAAUCGCUUCAUCCUAUUUUCAUGAGGUUAGUUUUGUUAGAGUGUUUUCCUUUCAUGUAAUUCACAACACAUGUAGCCUUUCAUGAGUCUGUAGAAGCAAUUCAUGCAUUUCAAGAUAUAUUUCCUGAUUCAAAAACUCAAUUAGUUAAACUUGCUCAAGAAUUGUUGAACAACUUAGUAUUUGAUUCUCAAUUAUAGUUUUAGAUCUUUUUAGUGUAAAACCCUAACCGUAGUAUUAGACAAAGAAAGACAUUGUUGCUCAAAUCGUCUCGACUAUCAUUGCCAGUGACACUAUUCCUGCGGCAGCUUCUGUGCAUAAGCUUCCUCACUAUGGGCUUGAAGUAGGUCUUACCGACUAUGCUGCAGGCUACCGGAGAAUAUUAUUCUGUUGAACCAGCUGAUUCCAAGAGGCCUUUACGUGCUCUCCUUGAUGUUGGUUUGCUCAAAACCACAAUCAGUAACCGGGUGUUUGGGGAACUCAAGGGAGCUUUGGAUAUUCCUCACAGUGACACAAGGUUUGCUGGUUUUGACAAGGAGAAAAAGAAACUUGAUGCUGAGAUUCAUUGGAAGUACAUAUUUAGUGGACAUGUUACUGCCUAUAUGAAGACAUUGAUUGAAGAUGAACCAGAAAAAUAUCAAACUCACUUCAGUCAAUAUAUCAAGAAAGGGAUAGAAGCUGACGAAAUUGAGGAACUUUGCAAGAAGGUUCAUGUUGUUAUUCGUGCAGACCCAUCAAUCAAACAGUUUUGGAAUCAGCCACUAAUGGAACACGAGAUUUUUACUUUAACUUAUAAAUCAUGGAUAUCACAAGUUCUACAUGAGCUAAAUGAGGUAAAGUAUCAAUUUUAAGUGUUUUCUAAUAUAAUAUCUCUUGAGAGUUCUCGUGUUCAGAACCUGUUGAUUUUUUUACUGAUUUGGUGCCUGUUAUUAAUAGAUGAAGCAACAAUGAAAGAUAUUAUGCUAAAAAUUUUAUGGAAGAAGUCAAAUAUGAAGAGCUACAUAAAAGAGACGAGGAAAGAAUCAAAACGCAAAAGAUAGCUCCUACCGUUGCUUCACUUGCUGUUUUCAAAGGGCUAAAAUUUGUUUUACUUUUGAAAUUGAUCAAAAUUACAACAUAAUAGUUAAAAUUACAAUGCUUCAAAACUAUUUAUUAUGGGUAGCUUUACUAAUAUUAUUAUAUUAUUGGUAGGGAGAGUAGAAUAAGAUCAUUCUUUGCUUAAGUUGCAUAUAUAUCAUGGGGUUUACCGAUGUAGAAAACUUAUAUACACUUUUAUAAUGUUUUGUAUUGUUUCAUUGCUGAAAAAAUAGAAACAAAAGACUAAUAUUUGUAAAUAAAAAAAUUUAUAUUUUUAUUAAUCACUAUUUUAAAAAAAAAAAAUCUACAAAAAUUAUAACUUAUAGAUAGAUAGAUAGAUAUUCAUUUUUAUUAAUUAUUGGGAGAAAAUAUGGUUUUUCAAGUAUAAAUAAUGUGUCAUUAAAAUUGUAAGCAUUUAAUGACAUUAAAUUUAUAUGCUAAUAUAAACAAUACGUAAAAUAAAGUGUAAAAAAAAAAAAGAAAUCGAUAAAAAAAUGGAUUAAAAAGUGAAACCAAUAA